AUGUCUGGACUUGACCAAGUCAUCCGGCAGCAGCCCGACAGCCAGCCCCAGCGACCGCCAGAACGGCAUGGAUUCAACUUCAGCAAGCUUCUCAUGGGCGGUGCAGCAUAUUUCGGGCUCAAUCUUGCCCUCUCCUACUUCCUGGCCAAAGACCAACGAGGCGUCCAGGUGACCGACCCUAAUACCGGGAAACCCAUCACGGUUGCAUCCAACCUGGGUGAAAUUCCCGCCUUUGAACUACGUCCUAGUCAGCUUGACGAGGGUGCGCAGUACCGACCAAUCCCUCGCAAGAUCGCGCCAAUCUGGCCCCAAGACAGCCACGUCGACAUUGUAGUAACCCUUUCGCCGUCCUUCAACCCGACACCCAUCUCAGAGACCCCGGCCGAAUACGUCGUGCUGCGAGAGAGUAACUUCCAGAUGAGCAACAGCUCCGAUGUGCGCACCGUCGACACCAAGUUUACCGUUCCCAAGGCCGUUCAGAACAACGGAACCCUCUGGGGCCACUUUUACGUUGGCCUCAGCGGUAGCAGCUUGGAUCCCCGCCAGCCUGGCUACGACUCGGCCAAAGCAUAUCACUUUGCCUACCCCUUGACCCAAUAUCUGCCCAAGAAGAAGGUCGCCAAAACGAGAAACUUACUCGACAGCCGUUCCAGUGAUGAGGAGCCAGAAGAGGAAGCGCCUACCGGUCCCAUUAUUACCAAUCACUAUCACCCUAAUGCCAGCUUUGCCUUUGUCCCAGCCAUGGGCGUCAAGGAAUUCAACACCAUUCACCCUGCUGUCAAACACUUCCUUCGUCUCGAAGCAACAGGGGCUCGUGACGGCAGUGGCCAAAAUGGCUGGUACUACCCGGUGUUGUUUGUCAACAACUUUUGGCAACUUGCGAGCCACAUGACCGUGCUCAAUGAAACGGUCAAGGAGCUUCCCCUGCACAUAGACCUGACCACCAUGGCCUUUUGGAAAUUCAGCACCCUUGCAUCAAUUGAAUUGAACUCCAAGGAAAACGCUCGCCAGGCUGCAUUCGGCCACUCUCUGCCUACCGGCGGUGAUGGUUCCGAGAUUGAAAUGGUCAAGGAAAUCUUCAUUGAUACGAACCCCAUCCUGUUGGGCAUCACUGCUGUGGUCAGUGUGGCACAUAUCAUUCUCGAGAUGCUCGCCUUUGGCUCUGAUAUCGCCCACUACCGCAAAAAGAAGGACAAUGUUGGCAUUUCUGUCCGCUCCAUCUUGGCAAACGUCUUCAUGCAGGCCGUCAUCUUCCUCUAUCUACUCGAUAAUUCUCAAAACACUAGCUGGAUGAUUCUCGGGUCCCAGGCGAUUGGCAUUGUCAUCGAAUUUUGGAAGGUCACGACUGUUGUGGACGUGCGCUUCCGGUCAUCAGCGCCCGGUUCAGUCUUCCCGUUCGCCAUUGUCUUCGAGGACAAGCACAAGCUUACCGAGACCGAAGAGAAGACCAAGGAGUAUGACGCCGUCGCCUUCAAGUACAUGUACGUUGUGGCUGCGCCUUUGCUGAUUGCUUACGGUGUCUACUCUCUCGUGUACGAUUCUCACAAGUCUUGGUAUUCCUUCAUCAUUGCGACCCUAGUUGGGUCUGUGUAUGCUUAUGGCUUCCUUAUGAUGGUACCGUCCUUGUACAUCAACUACCGCCUGAAGAGCGUAGCUCACAUGCCAGCCAAAGCCAUGAUGUACAAAUUCCUCAACACAUUUAUUGAUGAUUUGUUUGCAUUCACUAUCAAGAUGCCAUUUCUCCAUCGACUGGCGACUUUCCGUGACGACAUCAUCUUUUUCAUCUACCUUUACCAGCGCUGGGCUUACAGAACUGAUUACACCCGCGUCAACGAGUUCGGCCAGGGCGGUGACGGCGAGGAGCCUUCUCCCCGGAAUGAUGGGCAGGACAAGAGCACGCCUGUUGUCAACUCCGAGGGCAAGGCCACCGGCUCCGACACUGGCAAGGCCACAAAGCGAAAGUAA